AUGUCUCGACCAGAAGAUAACCUCCCACCAGAUCUGUUCUACAAUGACACCGAAUCUCGAAAAUACACCACGUCCUCCCGUAUCCAGAACAUCCAAGCCAGCAUGACCAACCGAGCCCUCGAACUACUUGGUCUUGAGACUCCUUCGUUAAUCCUCGAUAUCGGCUGCGGUUCCGGUCUUUCCGGAGAAAUCCUCUCGGACGGAGAUCCGGCACAUACAUGGAUAGGAAUGGACAUUUCACCGUCUAUGCUUGCUGUCGCAUUAGAUCGAGAAGUCGACGGAGAUUUGUUAUUGGGUGAUAUGGGACAAGGAUUGCCGUUCAGAGCUGGUACUUUUGAUGCAGCAAUCAGUAUAUCGGCUAUUCAAUGGCUGUGUAACGAAGACGAAAAGGGCGUAGAUCCUAAGACUAGAUUGUCGAGGUUCUUUGAUAGUCUUUAUGCUUGUUUGAAGAGGGACGGGAAGGCUGUUUGUCAGUUUUAUCCGAGAGACGAAAAGCAGCGGGAUAUGAUCUGUUCUGCUGCUAUAAAGGCUGGUUUUGGAGCUGGUCUGUUGGAGGAUGAUCCGGAGACCAAGAAUAAGAAGUUGUACUUGGUACUGACGGUUGGUGGAGAGGGUAAUAAGGAUAUUACUGGCGUAGUGAAGAAUAUGGAUGGUGUGGAUGUCUACGAUAACCGAAAGAAGCUGCUGGCUAAGGCAAAGGGCGAGGCUAAACAUGGUACCAAGGCUUGGAUUAUGAAGAAAAAGGAAAUGGACCGACGGAAAGGAAAGGUAGUGAAAUCGGAUUCAAAGUACACAGGCCGGAAGAGAAAUAUCAAAUUCUAG